UUGGAAAGCUCCCCAACCUUGAAGUCCUUAAAUUAGGCUAUGAUUCCUUUGUGGGGGAAAAGUGGGAAAUGCAAGAAGGGGAGUUCCAAAACCUCCGAUUCUUGAAAUUGUCACAGUUGGACUUUCGCUGGUGGACCGCCUCUUCUGAUAAUUUUUGCUGUCUUGAGAAAUUGGUUUUGACUAUGUGUAAAUGGCUGGAAGAGGUCCCUUCUUGUUUAGGGGAAGCCCUCACUCUUGACAUGAUUGAGGUAAUAUGGUGUCCUGAGUCUGCAGUAAAUUCUGUGAAGCAAAUUCGGCAAGAACAGAUGGAUAUGGGAAAUAAGGAUCUAAAGAUUGUUGCUGCUGCACGGAAUUGGUGAUGGUCCACGUUUUCUUCUAAGUGCCAACUCAGAAAGAGAGUCGAUCUCCUCUCAUCACAUUUUGCAAAAGCAGAGUGUGGUUCCACUUAUUAGAUUUGUGUGAUCCUUUCAACCAGCAGAGCACAAGAAUACAUGCCAGAUUUCCUUUUGCAGGUCCUCCAAGAAAGGCCAUCCAACUUUUAAACAGAUAUUGGAACUGUACUGCUAAGUUUUUGCCUGUAAAUUGUCUGCAGGGUACUGCACAGGAGGACAACCAAAAUAAAACCACAGACUGCUGGAGCACGCAUGGAUGGCUUGAUAGCCUUCUUGCAUUACUGGCCUGGAACGGAUCCCUCAACUAGGGAAGUAUUUCUGAUGCUGGCAAGGUUCUUGAAUUGAAUAUUUCUUAACUGGAUGGAUCAGUCACUCGCCGGAGGCUUCAUCAGCUAUUGAAACUUCAUGCUCUCCCUGUUUGAUCUUGUUCUUGACAGAUAAUCUCUUCCUUCCAGCAUCGUAGCUCACUAGCUUGCUCAUCAUCUUAUAAGUUGUGUUAAAACUUCUUCUUUUGCACCAUUCAUAAGCAGCCAUUGCUCUUCGCUGAUGAAGUGGAUCAAGUGUUGCUGGUAGCUCAGACUCCGAAAGAGCAGCAAUAUAAAUUUCAUUUGCUCUCAAUCAAAAGAAAAUGACUAUUGUAAUCCAGUGAAAAAUUAUUAGAUUGCACUGUUUUGCUCUAAAGGAAAAACCAUGCGCCAAAUUGAAUUGGAUAGUAUAUUUUUCUCUCAGUAAUUAACUUGCAAGAAGUGAUGAAGAUCUGAGUAGGAUAAGAAGGAUAAAAUUUUAGAUUUUGUUUAUAUUAACUAUGUUCUCAAUGACGGACAAAUUGUAUUUUUGUUUAUAAUAAAUAUGAGUUUUUAUCCGUGUCUUGUUCAUUUACAUGUCUAUUAUCUACUCCAAAAUCAUAGAUCUUUCUGUUUAUCUAUACUACUUUUCUUAAGGAAAUCCAGCCAUGGUAUUAAAUGUGUCCCUGAUGCCCAUUUUCUUCUGACUUGUCUACUGUUUACUCUGACCUGUCUGCUUAUUUGAUUCGACUUUUGUUUCUGUUCAUUAUAGGAUUAAAACUGCAGUACUGCAACAGUUUUUUUUUUUUUUUUUGGGGGGGGGGGGUUACAGAUUGCCAGUAUAUUGCAAUGGACCUGGAAAAUAGAGACAAGGAAAACUGCCAUUGAGUUCCAAAAAAGGUUGUGGUGGAUAUUUUGUUCUUAAUGUGUCACUAAGCUAAAAAAAAUUGCGAAUUGCUCUCAGCUACAAAGUGCAUUCAAGUUUUUUGGACAUUAUGUAUUAAAAUUUCAUAGAAUGCUUAGAUAAUAGACUCAUAUCCUCCAUGAGUUUAGAUUAGUUUAGUCAGUCAACUCACAACAAUUCAAAUCAAAUCUUUUGAAGAACGCAGUUAGAAGAAUUAACUACAGCAUCUUUCAUUAAAAAACUCAAAAAGUCAAAAGUUUUUACAUAAUUAAUACAUAAUACCUGCACCAAAUAAUAGCAGUUUGGUUUCUGAAGAUCAAUGAAGAUAAGAUAGAAUAACAAGGCCAAGAAGUUCCCAGGGUAAAUACUCACAUAGCAUUCUUGUCAGGAGAAAAAGUUAAGAGCAGAGUGCAAUGGGCAUUUUGCAAGUCUAAACACAAUGUUUUAGCUAUGUUUCCAAUUAUUCACUUCAUCUUUCAUUCAAUGGCAGAUUUUAGCAAUCGUUGAGUUUGGGUUCGACCUAUUAAAUGAUGGCCUGCAGACGAUGUCAUAUGAAGAAAUUAAACAAGGACGCUAGACAGGGAGAGUGAAAUUGGUGUUUGUUGACUUGAUAUUGUCACCGAGUCCCCUUCCCAAAUUUAAAAAAAAAAUGGUGAAUAGAUAAAGAAAAGAAAAGAAAAGAGAAAGUCUUGGCAGCAAUAUUUGACUAUUGGUGUUCGACUGCUUUAAAUUAUGACUUGUGAGAAAGUUAUAGAUCUGGAACUAAGUUCUUUCAAUAGCUAGAGAGAUAGCAAUCUGAUAUCAGAUUGAAAAGUAGUAGUAAAAUGGAGAUGCCCUUCAUUAGUGCUACUAGUUACUUUGAUCUUGCCUUGGAUUAUCUGGAAUGGUGUGACAAUCCGUUCAGCAAGUAUUUUUCUUCUGAUAUCAGGAACCUGAUGCUGGAGGUUAGAUUAUUGAAAACUUUUGAUCUGUAUAUGAGAAAUUGCAGGAGGAGGAAUCAUGGAACGAUUUUGGAACAUGAUCAGGAGGAGAAGGCUAAUACUAAGUCUGACAGAGUGAGACAUAGUAUUAUUUUGUUCACAAUUCAAGAUCUGGUUACCAGGAUACAGCACGAUCUUCACUCUGCUUAUCUUAGAGAUAUGCAAUCUGGUGCAUCAGAUUUUAGUGGCAUUGAAGGUGAGCUCGUUGGAUUCCAGGAAGAUAUCGAAUUGUUGUUUGAGAAAGAAAUCAAUGAAUCAUGGAUCAAUAUUUUGUUGGGCCAUUACUCACUGGGAGAUACACGACUAGUUAUGGAUCUCAUUGAUUCCCUCUCUGAUAAUCUGGAGGAUCUUCUCUUCGGAGAUCAUGAAUUUGGUGAAGCUUUUCAUUAUCUAAUACAUACCCUUAAAGAGAAACUAAUGUUCUUGAAGAGUUUCAUUUGCUUUGUCACACUGCAGGGCGUUCAGGGUGAGCAAUUGAUGAUCUGCUGAUUCACACUGAAGUUGUGGCUAUCAAAGCUGCACGCCUGAUUUCUAUAUCUUGGUUUGAGAGAGACGAUGAAGAGGUUUGCAAUGCAAUGGAAUUUGAAAUUUCUCAACUGCUGCACGAGAAGAUUGAUCCGGUUGAUCCCCAAGUCCAAGAAACUUAUAUCCAUGUCCUAACUGCUUCAAAAUUGUCAAGAUCAUCACACAAUUUAGCUCUUGAGGAGAACAAGAAUCUGGUGGCUAAAUUUAUUGUCUGUCUCCUAGAUUACAUUAUGGACCUAAUAUCACAUAAUAGCAUUCUGGUUCCAGUGAAGGAUCAAAUGCUAAAAUUCCAUCAGGGAGUGAGAUUCCUGAGUAUCCUUCUUAGCCAGCAGCAAGAGAGGUUCAAUGAGCUACAUGACGAACUGAAGGAUCUUAUCAGAAUUGUGGUCUGUGAUGCAGGAAUCAUGACUUUCUCACUUUCUGUGAAUGAAAUAGAAAUAGGCCUGGCCAAGGAAACAGAUCUUGAGCUGUUUCAUUUGCUGAAAGUGCUUGAGGUUAUUAAGGGAGAAGUUACACAAAUUUAUCCAGUUACGUCACCAUCAUCAUAUAGGUUUCCAAGGACCAAUGAGUUGGGCUCCAUUGAUUUCCUACUAGAAAAUCUUGUGGAACUAGCAUGUUCUGAGCAUGAUUUAGUUACUCUUCCAAAGGAUCAAAUCCUCACAAUCCAAGAAGAUCUUAUAUUCUUAAGAUCUUUUCUACAAAAUAUUCUGGAGCAGCGCAACCAAAAUGAAAAACUACGAGAUGUUUGGAAUCAUGUGAUGGAGGUUGCAUAUAAGGCAGAGUUAGUGAUAGACUCUGUUGUGGUGGGGGAUAAACCUGAAUGUUUGGAUACUAUUGCUGGAGAUAUCAAACUUGUGAAGACUGAGGCUCUUGAAAUCUAUGACAGCAUGAGGCAUGAUAUUGAAGCUCAGAGGGUCACGAAGAAUUUUAUUUGCAUUAAAUCACAACAUAACACCCUGGGAUUGAAUGAUGUUCUGGUGGGUCUUGAUGAUGAGGUAAAAACAAUUAUGGAUAAAAUUACCAGGGGUUCAAAGCUGUUGGAUAUUGUUUCGAUUGUGGGCAUGCCUGGACUUGGCAAGACAGCAUUAGCCAGCAAAGUUUUCAAUGAUCCUUCAGUUUUAGGCCACUUUCAUAUUUGUGCUUGGUGUACUCUUUCUCAAGUGUAUAGCAAGCACAAUUUGUUGGUUCAGAUUCUUGGUUUUAUAGCUUCUGAGAGGUUUGACCAAUAUCUGAAUAUGAAUGAAGAUGAUUUGGCAGAAAAGCUCUACAAGUGUUUGAAGGGGAAUAGGUAUCUCAUCAUUUUGGACGAUGUGUGGGACAUUGAGCCAUGGAACUUGUUGAAACCAUCAUUGCCAGAUGAUGCCAAUGGAAGCAGGAUUCUUUUCACCAGUAGAUUUCAUAAUUUGUCUUCACAAUUCAAACGAGAUUGCACGCCUCACCAUCUUCGGCAACUUAUGGAUGAAGAGAGUUGGGCAUUGCUGCAGACAAAGAUAUUCGGCAAAGAAGUUUGUCCUCCAGCAUUAAGAGUAGUUGGAAAGCAAAUAGCAAAAAAUUGUAAGGGCCUACCUCUCACAGUUAUCCUUGUUGCUGGAAUUCUUUCAAAUGUUAAGGAAGAUUGCUGGGAAGAAGUUGCAAAUAGUCUGAGCUCUCGCUCAGUUAUUGAGACCGAGCACUGCAUGAAGACACUGGAGCUGUGUUACAGUCAUUUACCCGAUUAUUUGAAGCCAUGCCUCCUCUACCUUGGUGCAUUCCAGGAAGACCAAGACAUUCCUGUUCGAAAGUUAAAGUUGUUAUGGAUCUCUGAAGGAUUUGUGCGGAAGACUGAGCCAAGUGACUUAGAGGAUGUGGCAGAUGGCUACUUGACGGAUCUGAUCACUAGAAGUUUAGUUAUGGUUACGCUACAAAGAUCUGUAGGGGGGGUCAAAGCUUGCCGAAUUCAUGAUUUGGUGCAUGAGUUUUGCGUGGAAAAAGCCAAAGAAGAAAGAUUUCUACGGAUUUUGCCUGGGCAUACUGAGCUUUCUACUUAUAAUGGAUCAUACAGCACCGAUCGAUUUUUUAUUUACUCUGCCACAGAAGAGGAAUUGAAGAAUUCGAGACUACUUUUUCCCAAUUUACGCUCCUUGAUCUGGUUUUCCAAUCAUGAUUGGAAGUUUGUACUGUGGUGUUUACUCAUUCCGUUUUAAGAUGUUUAAACUUCUUAGAGUGCUGGAUUUGGGAAAACUUUGUCUUGGUAGUUAUUUUCCAAGGGAAGUAGUAUUGCUUGUUCACCUGAGAUACUUGACCAUUCAGUGUUAUAUAAAUUCCAUCCCAUCGUCAAUAGCCAAUCUCUCAAGGUUAGAAACUUUUAUCAUCAAAGUGUAUGAUGGAAAUGUUGGAUUGCCUGAUACUAUUCGGAGCAUGAAGAAAUUGAGGCACCUAUAUGUGGAAGGUAUUCUUUCUCCA